GCACAGUGAUGCCAGGUGCAGUCGCGGAAUGCGAACAAAGACUGCUGCCCACAGAGGGAGAUAGCCAGGCUCCUCGGAAUUUCCCUUGGAAAGGAACGUAAGGAUCAGGCUGACAGCAUCAGGUGCUGGGAGUGGGAUGAGCACAGCGAGCAGGGACUUUGGUAGGUAGUUUGCCUGGUGCCCAUCAGCCUCCACACUGGGGGAAGCCCAGGUGGUGACCUGGCAGGAGCUUUCUCUAAGGACAAUGAAGGGCUGACUCAGGAUCUCCAGGCUCAAGUGUAAUGGAAAUGACAGGACAAUCUUUCUCUAGAUACUUUGUUGCCAUGCUCCUCCUGCAGAUGAUAACACCAAGUUCAGAGCAGUUCACAGUGAAUGGCCUAGAGGGGCCAAUCUUGGCUCCACUGGGUGGAAAAGUUGAGCUCAGUUGCCAGCUGUCCCCACCACAGAGUGCAGAACACAUGGAGAUACGCUGGUUCCAGAACCACUACAAAAGACCUGUUCACCUGUACAAGGAUGGUAAAGACUUGUAUGGAGAAACCUUCUCUAAUUACGUGGAGCAGACAGAGCUCCUCACAGAUGCCAUUGGAGAGGGUAAGGUGACCCUCAGAAUCUUUAGUGUGAAUGCUGAUGAUGACGGGAGGUACCACUGUUUCUUCAAAGAUGGUGAUUUCUAUGAGGAGGCCAUCACAGAGGUAAAGGUCACAGCUACAAGCCUAGAAACGCAGAUUCUGGUGCAUCCUCCUAAUACCAAAGGUCUUUUAGUGGAGUGUAAUUCAGAAGGUUAGUUUCCACAGCCUCAAAUGGAAUGGAGAGACAGCAGAGAAGAGAUCAUCCCACCUUCCUCAAAAUCCCAUUCACAAGAUACAGACAAAUUGUUCAACAUGAAGAUGACCCUUCUAAUACAGAGCACCCAUGGAAAUGUCACCUGCUACCUUCGAAACCCUGUAACUGGUCAAGAGGAGAAGACAAGCAUUGUACUAUCAAAUAAACCAUUUCUAUGGAAUACAGUUUGGAAGUUGAUUCUGGGCUUAAUUCUGGCUCUGCCGCUGACCUUUACCACGGCAUCCAGUGUUGCUCUACAUCAUAGAUUGCAAAGUUGCUCCUGCAAUGCAGCACCUCCUUGGUUAGUGGGCAUACUAAUAGUCUUGACCUCAUUCAGUAUGAUUGUCUCCUUCAUUUUCUAUUUGCAUUACAAAAAAAGAGUCCCCGUUUCAGAUCCACAUUUCAAGUUGGAUGUCAUGUGGCUGGAGGAUAUGACUGUGAUCCUGUGUGUUCUGAUGGUCUUCAUCACCAUGAUCAUUUCCUCUGCUUACUUUAGACUCAGAGGUUUCCUACAAAAUUAAGGGAUUAAACAAGCACCGAACGUUUCAUCUGGGACAAUGGAUAGACUACAGAAGAUCAGUAGGCUAAGAUCACCAAGAAAAGUAGCUAGGCCCUCACAAUUUAAUUUUUCCCUUGCAAUUUUAUAUAAAGUCAAAUAAUUGCCAGGUGGAGAGCAAAUAAAAUAUACACUCAAAUUUG